AUGGUAUUUUCCAUCCCUUCUUAUCUUUGCACUGGCGAUCGCCCCAAAAAAGCAGUCGAUUUUCGUGCACAUUGCACUGCUUUCCUCGUCAGUCGCCCCAAAACAGGUCAUGGCCCAGAUGCGCUUUUUGACAAGGAAUUUAAAUACAUCUGGAACGGUGAACGUGGCGGCGAUCUGGAGAAGAUACGCAGACAACAGGCCAUGCAAGAAAGCAAAAAGAAUUUGACUUCAAAUGGCUUUCUUUACUCCUCGCCACCACACCGUCCAGAAGGGCUGGGCUCCUACUUUGGUUGUUUUCAGAAGACGCCCUACCCGCACAUACCGGAGCAUCCUAUGACGCGCCAGCCGCCUGCUGUCCGCAAGCAGCCACUGCCACGUGGCAUCUAUACAUCUCCGCCCCCGAAAGGGUCUUUUGGCUGUUCAGGGCUCACUAUUUCUCCCAUAGGCACUGAGUAUAUCGCGUCGUUUUAUGAUCAGGAGCGCAUCAACGAAAGGGCUUAUCGCGAUCUAUGGCGCCGGCGGAUGCCGUCUGAGCCCUUUCGGCCCGGUGGCCGGCGUGGCUUUACCUUUGACGAGAGCCUCCUGACAGGGGCCUCUCGGUGCUACAUUAUGACGGUCCCCUUCCGUGAGAAGCCGGCCCCAGUCAAGUUCCAACACUUCACGAUCGCGCAGCCCUGGCGGCCUCCGGGGUAUGUGGAGGAUAAGCCUACCAUCAUGGAGUACUGGGAGGACCCCCUUAACGGCUAUGACCCUCGCGUGGACCCGAAGGAGCGGAUCAAGAAGCCCUCCUCCGCGGUGUUCUACCCCAGUUCGAGCAGUGACACGUUCUGGUACACCCAGAGUGUGGUGUUUAGGGGCCUGUGA